ACAGAAACCCAACAAAGAUAAAAAAAUGUACGCCACGCACACCCACCACUUUUUCCGGCGUGAGGAGGACGGUAUGGUCCGUUCCACGGUGAAGCGUGUGGAUGGUGUCAGCCUGCAAGGACACCUCCAUGCCUUGAACAAUGAAGGUUUCCAUGAGGAUGUAAAGCGCACAACCAGACACAUACAAUGCGCGUCAAACCUUGUCGAAGCCUUGAAGACGACAAAGAAGAGCAGGAGAAGUGGCCGUUACCCCCCCCAGACCGAUGAAGGCCUCACCAUCGGCAGCAGCAAUAACUUCGACAGGAGGGAAGGGAGCACAGGGAUCAACGCACGUCCUAGCUUUCAUUGCAAUGACAAUAAUGCGCCUCGGCGUCCAGCGCUCCCGCCGAUCGACCUCCGUUUCCACAACCACCGCAACGCCAGCCAGCUCGUCAGCACUGGCACCUCUUCCCCUCCCUCCCCAUCCUCCUCCACUACCACCUCGUCCGCUACCUCCCCUUCCCAUGCCUGCCUGUCCGCCUGCGCCGUCCUCACCAAAGCCAACGUCUCGCAGUUACCUUUCCUCUCCGCCCCCCCUCCCUGCCCCCGGACCUGCCACUGCCCUGCCUCUGCCUCCCUGGCCCGACCGAGCAUUCCCCAAACGAGGAGGAGCCCAAACCGCCUGCCCGGCACCUACACAGGCAAGCUCGCCACCAUCCACAACGUGCACAACAAUGAUCCCACCGCCGGGAGCGUCCAAAGUACCUCCUUGCCUCGCAUUGCUCCCCUCUCCUUCACCCCUCCCCCGCCACCCUUCAGCAAUUUCUAUCCUGGACGCACACUCCAAUUCUCUGCCUCCCUCCGCUCCUACCGCCUUCUCCACGGCGUCGGCGGCCUCGAUCAUUGCAAGCCUCAAACCCACGUGAUGGCCGCCCAGGCCCUGUCCUCGAGCGGCGCCGCCCCCAAGGUCGCCGUCAAGAUAGUCCAGCAAGCCUGGAUCCAACGACAUGCCUCCCCGUCCCCUCCCUUCUCUCCCCUGGCCGCGCCCUUCCUACCCAGUAUCUGCAGGCCGGUGGGUGAGCUGGAGGCGGUGCGACUCCUCAGCUACAGCUCCGUUCACCCCAACGUGAUGCCCGUGCUUGACGUCGAACAGGACAAGAGGAGGAAGCACCCGAAGGAGGCUUAG